AUGAGUCUCGAUGUUUUAUACACGAGCAUUCGUGGAUUUAUUAUUGUAUUACCAUGGGUCCUCGAAUUGGUCCUAAUGGACCUGAUGAUCUCUUUUUUCAUACCCGUCAGCUAUUUAUUCCCUAACUGGGUUUACAAUGCGUCAUCAUUCAUUGCAUUUACGAACUGGAACUGGGUACAAGUCAUUUUCGAAGUAUUCAAUGGAGGCAAGAUUACCAUUUCUGGCGACACUCUCCCGGAAAAUGAAACUGCUAUCGUCAUUGCGAAUCAUGUCAGUUGGACAGACUUUUACAUGAUUCAAGCACUUGCUAUCCGAGCUGGGCUCAUAAGCUUUAGUGAAGCAACACGAUAUACCCCUAAGAAAUACGAAGAAGCGAAAACAUGGUGCAAAGAGAAUAAUCGACCCCUUCCAAAACAUCUUUUGUACCCACGAACCAAAGGCUUUGUAACAACUGUUCAGCAUUUGAGGAAAGCCAAACAUGUUAAAGCCGUUUAUGAUAUGACAAUCGCAUAUUCGCAUCAUAAUAAAUGGCAUGAAGCACCAACUAUUUGGGAAUCUCUUAGCUGCGAUGACUUGAGUGGGAAACGGGGAUAUAAAUUCCAUGUUGAAGUUAAGCGAUUUUUGUUAGAGGAAUUGCCAGAAAGUGAUGCAGGAUUGGCAAAGUGGUUGGAAACUAGAUGGAUAGAAAAGGGUGAAUAUUUGGAAGAAAAGAGGGAAGAGUGGUCCAGAUCUGGCAACGGACACAAACCAAUAACGGCAUAG